AAUCACAGCAUGGACUCCUGGAAUCUGACAAUCAGAAUCAUUUUCUUGUCACAAACUACAAUUGGAAUUCUAGGAAACUUCUCCCUUAUGUUCUACUACCUAAUCCUUUACUACAGACAAGGCAAAUUAAAACCCACAGAUUUGAUUCUUAUGCACAUAAAGGCAGCCAAUGCUGUGAUCACUCUCUCUUCAGGAGUGCCCACCACAAUGUCAGCUUUCAGAUGGAAGCCAUUCUUGAAUUAUUUUGCAUGCGAGCUCCUAUUGUAUAUUCAAGGAUUUGGCAGGAGUAUGUCCAUUGGUGCCACCUGCCUUUUGAGUGUUUUCCAGGUCAUGAAAAUCAGCCCCAGGGAGUCAUGUUUGACAGAUCAUAAAAUGAGAACUGCCAACUACAUUUGUUGCUCCACUUCUCUCCUCUGGGUUUUGUAUUUGUUGAUACAUUCCACUUUCUUUAUGUACACAUUCAUCAAAAUGAAUAGCAAAAAUAUGACAAAAGAACUAGAAUUUGCAUUCUGCUCCAUUGUAGGGCAAGAUGAUAUCAUUGAAUCACUCUAUGCUGCACUGGUGGUGUGCCCUGAAGUCCUCUUUUCUGUGCUCAUCACUUGGUCCAGUACCUCCAUGAUUGUCAUUCUGUACCGACACAAGCAGAGGGUUCAACACAUUCACAGUUCUCAUGGUUCCAGCAGAAAUUCUCCUGAGUUCAGAGCCACUCAAAAUAUCCUGGCCCUGGUGUCUGCCUUUUUGGCUUUUUAUACUCUCUCUUCAAUCUUAAGAGGCUGCAUUACUUUUUCACAUAAUCACUAUUUGUGGCUGGUGAACAUCACUCCCAUUGCUUCUCUGUUUUUUCCCUCUUUUGCACCCUUUGUUUUUAUAAGUCAUUACUCCAUUGUGUCCAGAUUCUGUUUGGUCUCGACAUUAAAUAAAAACCUCUUACUAUUAUUUUAA